CCCACUAGCUAGUAGUACUAAUGAUAUUUCCCAAAAUAGUGAGUGGUAUCAUCAUUCAUCAUCGACCAUAAUAAUAAUAGUAUACCUAACAAACCAUUAUCUCUCUUUCGCUUUUUCUCACUUUGUUUUAUUAGCUGCCGUGUGUAAAUAUACAUAAAAUAGCAUUUCACUACGAAACAACUAAACAAAAAAACCAAAGAAAACACAACAAGUGGGGGGAGCUAGAUGCAUUACCACGGCUGCUGCUGCGGACGAUGCAGAGUAUCUACGUCGCCGUUGCCGGUAAUAGUCAUGAUCACGGUGGCCCUCGUCCUCUUAGCCCUUUCCUCCGUCGUGAAAUUCGAGGUAGCCGUCUCCUCAGGAGAAGAUGUGCUGAGCUGGCUCCUUCUCGCCGCGGUUCCAUUGGCUCUGCUCUUCGCCGUUAGAUGUCUCUCUUGCCUUGAAACGUCGAGGCGAUCUACUUACUACUGUCCAUGUGGUCGCUGGAGAUGCGUUUGCUACUACUAGACGUUUGUUUGAUCGCGCGAUAGGAAACUAUGGCUUAUGGAGAGAGAAGAUCAUCGAUCUUGGAUUCAUUCUCGCUCUCGCCUCUACCGUACCCAGUUCUUUUAAUCCUAGCCGUGGCUUCGGUGUUCUUGUUGACGUCAUGGUACUUCAGCUUGGAAGAAGCAGCCGAGUCAGCGGAAGAGCAUAUGAAUCUUGCUCUUCUCUUGAUACCUCUGUUUCUCAUAGUCUUGGUACGUUGGUUAUCUUCCAUGGAGAACCCUGACGCUAUCCUUGGGAUGUUUUCGAACAGUCAACGUGGGGCUACGACUUACGUGAGUCCCGGUGUCGCCGGAGAUGGCGGUGGAAGCUCGCCGUGGGGAGUUGCGGCGGUUAUAGUUUUGUUGCUAGUUUUGCUUCA